CUCUUUCAGAAGAUUACCCAUUCUCUCCUGAUGUUUUACCGCCAUUACCGGAGGUCCCUGUCGGAGGGGCGGUCCUAAGCCAGGUGUGCGGCCCCAUCAGAAACUCUGCCCUGAGGUAUUGCUCCUCACGCAGCAUGGACUCCACGCACAGCAAUGACCGACCUGUCAGCUACGGUUCCACAUCUUCAUCCACCUCCUCCCGGGACAGCCACUGCUCGCUGGGGGGACGGACGGUAUUGGGCUCCACCCCUGAGCGCGAUCGAGAUUCUGGGGCGAUUCAACUGGAGCUGGUGCCGGCCCGUCAGCUAGAGGAGGAGGAGACAGGAAGACAGACACCUACACCGGUCAUUCAGGGGGAUGCAGAUGUUCAGUCACCGGAAGGCCGUAAAGUUCAGUAUGUGGACCGAGUUGUGCAGGAAAUUCUCGACACGGAAAAAACCUACGUCCAGGACCUUCGCAGUAUAGUCCAGGAUUACCUGGAGUGCAUCAGUAACCAGUCUCUUCUGCUGCUCGGGGAUGAGGAACGGAAUUCUUUGUUUGGAAAUAUCCGUGACAUCUACCGUUUUAACAGUGAUCUGCUUCACGACCUGGAGAAAUGUAAUGCCGACCCGGUUGCUAUUGCCAAGUGUUUCGUAGCCAAGAGUGAAGACUUUCAUAUAUACACACAGUACUGCACAAAUUAUCCAAGGUCUGUUGCUGUCUUAACAGAGUGCAUGCGGAACAAAACGGUGGCAAAGUUUCUCCGAGAGCGUCAAGAAAGUCUUAAACACUCCCUUCCUCUCGGCUCCUACCUGCUUAAACCUGUCCAGAGAAUCCUAAAGUACCAUCUACUUCUGCAUGAGAUCACAACUCAUUUGGAGAAGGAUUCAGAGAUGUACGAUGUGAUCCAGGAGGCGAUUGACACCAUGCAGAGGGUGGCCUGGCACAUAAAUGACAUGAAGAGAAAACAUGAGCAUGCAGUGAGACUGCAGGAGAUUCAGAGUUUGUUGACCAACUGGAAGGGGCCAGAUCUCAUUGGCUAUGGUGAACUGGUUCUUGAGGGAACGUUCCGUUUCCAGAAAGCCAAAAAUGAGAGGACGCUGUUCCUGUUCGACAAACUUCUCUUGAUCACCAAGAAAAGAGAAGAGACUUACACCUAUAAAGCCCACAUCCUGUGCUGUAAUCUAAUGUUGGUCGAGGUCAUUCCUAAAGAGCCUCUAAGCUUUAGUGUGUUCCACUACAAGAACCCUAAACUUCAACACACUGUGCAGGCAAAGUCUCACCAGGACAAGAAAACGUGGGUCCUGCAUCUAAAACGGCUGAUCCUCGAAAACCAUCCUGCCAAAAUUCCAGCCAAGGCUAAGCAGGCCAUUCUGGAGAUGGAUACUGCAAAUCAUCCAGGUUUUAACUACAACUCCGAGGGUGACAAGAGAAUAAACACUAAAGAGGGUCCCUCUCCCCGGAGAACACGGAGAAAGACAGAGCCCUUAUCUAAAUUACUGAAAAACUCUAAACACAUCAUAUCCAGCCCAGAUAAACAGAAGCGUUCUAGUUUAGGAGUCACGUUGCUGUCACCUGUGGCUCAUUUGGGUUCUAUCGGCCGAUCACGUAGCCUUGUCAGUGAAUCUCAAGAAUCUCUGAACCCUGGUGACCACAGUGAUGUAGACGAAGGACCGCAUCCACAGGAUGCUGAUGAUGAGGAUGACACCAUUCUGGGAUCAGGGGGUAAACUGCGGGUACCAGGGAAGGGCAGCCGGAAAACGCUGAACCAGCAAGUAUCAGUGGACAGCAUUGACCAGUGGAGAAACCACAACCUCACACAUGCGGAUCUCAAGACCGCCAAAGAGUCCCUGCAAAAUGAGGCUGCCAACGCCCCUAUCCUACAGGUGACUGGUCCUCCUGAAACAGAGGCAGAUGAACACAUCUCGCACAUGCUGGGAACAAGCAUAGAACAGUCUGUUCGCAACAUAUGGACGGACCAUCGAAUCCGAAGGGCUAUGUUUCCCACUCGCCAAAAAACUGUCCAAAUCGAUGAUGACGAGGACAUCUACCAGAUGUUCCUGCCAACAGAGAAUGAUAUAAGCAGUCAUGAUGCAGAGAGUGAUCACGAAGCUGCUGACCAUCCAGAAAGACCAUUUAGCUGGCACAUAGAGCAGACUCAGUCAUCCCAGCUGGACCUCCCUGCAAGCAGAGGCAAGGUACUUCGCAGGGCCAGUAGUGUCGGAGAAAAACAAAGUGAGCGACAAAGCCCUACGAAGCAUGCAUUACAAGAGGAAGAAAUCAAUCAACAGACUGAGUCUUCAAGCAAUGAAAUCUCAGGAUCUUCUUCUGCCGAACAGUUAACGAUUGAUGAUAUUGAGAAUGUUUAUGACAACAUUAGUUACGAGGAGCUUCAAGCCAUGGGGCUGAUUCACAAAGACCAAGUUAACCAGGCCCUUCCUGAAGUAGCAGAGGUCAAACCAAGGAUAGCACCACAAGUUAUAAUCACUCCAACGGAAACUGAGAGUUCAUGUGAGAGCAAUAUGUCCUGUGAUCAAGAAGGGGAGCCGUUUGAGACGUGUGAGCUUCAAAUCGUUGAAGAUGAAGAGAAUGUAUAUGACACCAUCGUCUUCCAGGAACGGCCGGUCCUUUCAGCUGAUACGGAUCAGGGGGAACCAAAAAGGCUGCAGACAUCUGAGAUAGAUCUCAUGGCUAGCCAAAUUUUAGGAGGCUUUGUUUCUGAGGAAAGCCUCCAUCCCAGAAACAACACAAUAGGUGAUCAGUCUCAAAGUCCCUCUGCUCCAUAUUCUGAUAAUGAAAAUUCUCAACUUUCAAGACCUGAUCACAUGUUAGAGCAAGUGGACGAGAUAUGGAAUGAUUUAGAAAACUACAUCCGGAACAAUGAAAAGAAACCAGACAAACUUCCCGCAGCAUUUCCUGUUAAUGGAACAGACCCCAAGUCUCCGCAAAGAGCACGUGAUUCCCCACACAAAGAUUCUACAAGAAAAAAACACAGCUCCCCAAGGAAAGCGACCAGGUUACAACAAAGACCUAAUGAUUCCCAUAACAAAGCACAAGAAUCACCAAGCAAGAAUGCCAUUUCCCGGCAAAAGUCAAACGACUCUCCAUGCAAAAUCCCCUUACAAACCCCCCCUUCAGCUGGUGCUCCACCUGAAUCACCCAACCCUUCAAACCACCCUCCGUCCUUCCAUAUUCCCAUCAUCAACAUUCCAGAUGUCCUUUCAGAAAACAAGUUGGAGGAGAAAGACGAAGCAUGUUCUUCUCCUGCAGCUCCUUCCUUUCCUUUGCCCCCCACCCCUGAGCCACAGCCUGGCACUAUAAAGAGCAUCCGCAAAAAACUUGCAAGGUUAAGCAGUGGAAGCUUCCGUAUGGAUGAUGAGGACAUUCCUUCACAGAAGGAUCCAGAGCUUCAGGUCCUGUUUCACAGUUUGGACCCAAGUCUGCUGCUGGGUGGAGAAGCUUGUGACCAAGUUCUUGAGCUAGGGGAAAAGGGCAAGAACAGAGUGUUCCUCAUGGCCAGGCAGUACAGCCAGAAGAUCAAAAAGGCUAACCAAUUACUGAAGAUGAAGAGCAUGGACCAUGAACCCAGUUGUGUUAGGCUUAGGAUAAGCAAACAGAAAGACCUGGCAGCCAUUAUGGAGGAGAAGAAACAAGGCGGUACUGCUAUUGGUGCAAGAAUAGCCGAGUACUCUCAGUUGUAUGACCAGGUGGGUUUCAAGGGUUCUCCCACCACUCCUCCACCACUAAAGUCAUCUAUCAGCAUUGCAGGCUCCCAUCCACUUUUCUCUAACACCACCUCCUCCCCUUCCUUAUCUGAGAGCUUAACACAAGAAUCUGACUGGUUGAACUGUACGUACAGUAAUGGGGAACUUGCUGGUUUCUGCUGGCCAACGGAAACACCAGCAAGCACUUCAGUCUCACCGAAAGGACUGACCCUUGCAUGCUCAACCCCUGCCUUGAAGAAACUUCCACCCACUCCUAUCACGCCGCCCAAUCAGCGUUGGAGUGCCUGCGUGACGACACCAUGUAAAGAUGACUGUGAUCACAUUUACUCUUCAAUAGGACCACGUACCAGUAAAGUUUCCUCCUACAAUCGCUGCCAGUCCUCAUCUUCACUGAUAGACCAGACUCGAAAAGAGACUGGCAGGGGGCUGUGCGAUCAAAUGUGUGAGGUGCAUGGAAGUGAAUCAAGGACACAGAUGCCUCGACAACACAGCCUCCCUGAAUGCCCCGGCCGCCAGGUAACCUUUAACCUCUCGAUGCCCUGUGAUAUCACUCUGCGGGACUCACAGCAAGUACUGGUGCUGAAUAGACAGGCACCACUGAACGCGCAAAGUGCCACUGAGAAUUAUCUGGUCAACUUUAAAGACAACGGAGAUGACGAUGAUGACUAUGUCGAGAUCCGUUCGGAAGACGAGGCCGAAGAACAAAAACAAGAGACGCCCAUACUGGCACAGCUGCACAGUUUGCGUGGAACAGCUGUUGACUAUGGCAGUCAACCUCAGAUCACGCAAACCCUGAGGAAUGGACAGGAGGUUUCAAAUAACCCUGAGAUGACGCUGGAGGGAUACCAGUGGAAUGAUGCCCACUGCAGUCAGGCUGUAAAUCAGCCCAAAAUUGUCCAGUCUAUGAGAGAAAAGUUCCAGUGUCUCAGCUCUAGCAGUUUUGCAUAAAAAAGCAGGAAGGAGAGACAACAUGCCAUUAAAAUAAGACAUGGCAAAUGUAAAUUUCCACAUGGAACAUGUUACACGAAUACGCAACACAGAGCAUAUACUGUAUACAUUUUAAUUGUAAUGUACUUCAAUGAGACACACAAUAAACAACAACGUCGCAUGUAAAUGAUGGAUUCAGCAUUCUUCUGCUCAUGUUCACACUUGAAUUCGGUUGCACACAGUAGCAGUUAUAGAUCUUUGAAUUAUUUUACCUCUCUUUUCUUUUAUGUAUAGACCCAUAACAUAUAAAGCACAACUUUCAUGUUUUCAUGAUUGUUUUAAAUUAGCACAAAAGGUUGAAUCGUAAGCAUAAUUCUUAUAUCAGACAAUAUUCUCAUAAACUACUGGCUAUUCUCUAGAUCAUGUAUAUACUGUACAUAUCACAUCAAACUAGGAUAUGCCAUGUAAGGAGCACGUGAUUGGUAAUAAUUUGGCAUUAUUUUAAUGUACGCUAAGAGAAAACCUUCAUAUGAAAAUAAAUAAUGCCAAAAUGUCAUUCUUAUUGGAUAGAAUUAUGCCAUUAGUAAAUGUGGUUGUGUAGGUGACUGCAUCUACAAGAAACUAUGCUAACAUCAGCCAGUGACAAUUCAGUGUGUAUUUUGUAAUAUCUGCAUGCCAUGUUUGCUUGAGGCCAAGCAUGCAUAGAAUCCAUAUAUAUUUUACUGUAAUGUACAUUAGAUAUACGUAACUAUAUCAGACUGGGAUGCCAUGUUUGCUGAAAACAUGGUGAUCAAGUUCAUGCUAAAAAUAUAGUCACAAACAACCACGCCUAGCAUAAUAUGAGUAAAAAUGACUAUAGUGGUUUGAUUUUUGUCUGUUUUGAUUUGCACAUGACAGAACCACCACUAGGAAAUGUAAUUAGCCAUAAAAACAGUAAAAUGUAAUUUAUAGUGUCUUAAUUUUAGGAUAAUUUGUUCAGGGGAUGAUGUUGGAGAAUGUGAGAGUGUGGUGUUAAAAGCGUACUGUAAUUUAAUGCACAUUUGGAUUCAAUGUUUUGUUUCUUAGUGUUUAAAACAUUCAGCAUUUGUUGUCUCUGCCCUCCCUCCACCUACAAAUAAAACACUGGUUGGCUUACACUGUCUAUCAUCGCCAAGAUGUUCAUUAGCGAUCUCAGCAGUGUAGUGUAUUUUGUUCUUUAUUUAUUUACUUUCGGAGACUUCUGUUAUGUUAAAAUGUCUGUUUCACUUUGAUGAAACCAUAUUUAUUAAAUGUUUAAAUUGGAUUUUCAGUUGGUAUGAUUUAAAAAAAAAAAGGUUUAUAAAAGUGCUGUGAAUAUUGCAUUUCUCCGUUUUUUUCUUUGUAUGAGCACUGCUCAAAAACCUUGAACCUUAACAAAAUGUUACAUUCAAAGAAUUUAUCUGACUUGACCGUCUAAAUAAAAGUGUAAAUAAAUGGAAUUAAAACAUGGAUCUAUGAAUGAAGUAUGUUUAUGUAUUUGUUACAGUAAAUAUUGUUUUCUGUUUAACUGAUAGGGAUUUUUAUCCUUCAUUUGAAUUGUUUCUUGUGCACUUUCCCCUUCUUUAAAAAUAAAAAAAAAUGUGUUUGUAAAGAUGUACAUUUUCAUGAAUAUUGCCAUUGACCUGUUCUCGUGAAUUUAAAUUAAUUUUUGGCUUUUUUAUAACUG